AAUAACGACAGUUAUUUAUAUAUGUACUUUGUCCCUUCUCGCUCCCACUACAAAGUCAAAAUCAGGAGCUAUGGGAAGUGGUAUGUAUUAUGGCAAAAAGGAAAUUAAAGGAAAACGCGAAACCGGCUUCCGUUCCCGGGGUAAAACUGAAAAAGGACCAAGAAAUGCCAAAACAGGACGGAAAUUAUAUUUUUCACCUUGCUGCUGUCGCUUUGGUGUUGGCCGUUUGCGCGGUCCCGCUGACAGCUGAACUAUAUCUACCUGACUACCAUCACCACCAGCAUCCCUCAGUAAAGAUGGAUGAAGCACUACUGACCGUCAAUAACGAGCUGAACACUGAGGUGCUGGUGUCCUGGAGGUCAGAACGCUGCUACCAGUGCUUGUACCAGGAUCUUGGGGUGGCACCUCGGGGGCCCAGCACCGGCCAGCCCGGUUCGGUCAGCUUUCCUGUAAACACGCAGCAUGGAAUGACGCUGCAGCUCAGCAGUAUUCCCUUGAACCUGGAACUCUGCAAGGUGCAGUUCCACUUUGGGGAGCACGGGAACUACUCGCUGUGGAUGAAAAACAUCAGCGAGCCCUCGGUUGCCAACUGCUCCAUAGUGAUGGAUGCGGACCCCGUGAACAGCUACAUACCGAUCUUGGUUUCUUUUUUUAUCUUUGUUGGAUUGGCCUUGAUGUUUGCUGUUGGAAAAAGAUUAUUAGGACUGGAUGUGGUCAGGGGCCUUGUCCUCCGAAUCGGCGGGGCCAUGGAGACGGAGAGACUCAUCAACUCUGAACUGGGCUCCCCUCGGAUAGAGACACCAGUUACUGACAACAUCUUACCUCCCCCACCCAGCCCCAACAGGAGGCUUCGCUCUCUGGACACAUUCAGAGGCAUCUCUUUGGUCAUUAUGGUGUUUGUGAAUUACGGAGGGGGUCGGUACUGGUUCUUCAAACACGAGAGCUGGAAUGGUCUCACAGUUGCAGAUCUCGUCUUCCCUUGGUUCGUGUUCAUCAUGGGCACGUCCAUCGCGCUGUCCAUCAACGCCUCACUGCGCGCGGGCGCCAGCCGUUGCUUGCUGCUCAGGAAAGUUGCCUGGAGGAGCACGCAGCUGUUCGUCAUCGGCGUUUUAAUCAUCAACCCGAACUACUGCCAGGGGGCCUUGUCGUGGGACACGUUGCGAAUCCCCGGUGUGUUGCAGCGCCUCGCCUGGUCGUAUUUGGCGGUGGCCAGCCUGGACCUGUUGGUGGCCAGAGGACACCUGGACAUACUCACAACAGAUUUUUGGUGGUCUCCCAUUCGGGACAUCUUGCUGUACUGGCCAGCCUGGCUGUGUGUGCUCCUUCUGGAAAUCACCUGGCUGUGCCUCACUUUCCUUCUUCCCGUACCAGGCUGCCCAACGGGCUAUCUGGGUCCUGGUGGGAUCGGUGAUAUGGGCCUCUAUGCUAACUGCACGGGAGGAGCAGCUGGUCUCAUCGACCGUUGGCUGUUGGGAGAAAACCACAUCUACCAGAAUCCUUCCUCACGGGUCAUUUAUGCAACUCACAUGCCUUAUGAUCCUGAAGGCGUUCUGGGCAGCAUCAACUCUGUUCUCAUGGCUUUUUUUGGAUUGCAGGCAGGAAAGAUAAUCUUACACUACAGAGAGACCCCGAGAAGUAUCAUGUCGAGGUUCCUCAUAUGGGGAUUCUUUCUGGGAAUCCUGUCAGCAGUUCUGACCAAAUGCUCCACAGACCAGGGAAUUAUUCCUGUCAACAAGAACCUGUGGUCUUUGUCCUAUGUGACCACAUUGGCUUGUUUCGCCUUUGUGCUGCUAGUGCUGGUUUACUACGCCGUCGAUGUGAAGAAGUGGUGGUCCGGGGCACCGUUCUACUACCCAGGUAUGAACUCCAUCCUUGUAUACGUUGGACACGAGGUGUUUGAGGACUACUUUCCCUUCCGCUGGCGCAUGGCUAACAGCCAAUCCCACACAGAGCACCUCAUCCAGAACCUCGUUGCCACUUCCUGUUGGGUCUUCAUCUCCUACGUACUCUACAGAAAGAGGAUUUUCUGGAAGAUUUAGAGAAGGAGCCUGUAGAUUAACAAUGCCCAUACAACAAACGCAGAUCAGAACCCUGGAGGUUUAAUCUGAAAACAUCUGGAUAGCCUGAGACGGGAACUGAUUUACUUCAACAUCAACUCUACAGGAAAAUCAUGUUUAUGUCAAUAUACGAGUUCUUUUUUAAUCUUGCUCUAUUUGUUAACAGAAAAAUUGAAAGAAAAGAAAACAACACUUUUUCCAAAGAUCUUCUGUAAUGAAGAAGCAAGCUGAGCUCUGCCAAGCAUCUUUACUGACUCAGGAAGAAGUUGUUCAAGUAUGGUUUGCAGAUUUGACCAAUUUAACCAUGAAGGCUGACCAUAUUUCAUCUGCUAUGUGUAGCAACUGAUACAUUAAGGUGGUUAUUGAGUAAAUUGUUGAGUCCUUUUUGGGAUUAUCCUUGCUGUGAUUUUAUUAUUUGGUGUAACUGCUCGGGAGCAGGCCUUUUUUCCCUUUACAAUCAUUCCCCCCUCAUGUUUGUUUUUCAGGUUUUAAAAUAGGUUUUUACUGAUAAGCCUCCUUUAAAACCAUCAAAUAUGCUUCAUUAUAAUUUGUCAAAUGUUGAACCGUCUUGACCAAUGCGCUGUACAAGUAUUCUGCUGUUUGGUUCCAAAUAUGACAGUUUAAUGUUUGAUGUCUUGAAAAACGGUGUAUAUUUGAUUGUACCUUAUAUCACAACUCAAGUCUACCGAAAGGUAUUCAUGUGCCAAGUUUUCAUCAUUAACAGUUACAAAGUUAAUUUUUGUGUUUUUUGUGUGUGCGUUUUUUAAGAACCAUGUGUUAAAUUAAAUCUGUAAUUAUCCAAAUGCUGUCAGAAAUGUUGGUAUAAUUGCUUUUCUAGUACUGUCUGAAUUGAUUAGUUACAUUCUGGAACUUUUAUAUAUACUUUUAAAAUGUUCAUUAUUUGAAAGAAGAUUGUUUAAUAAAAA